GUGUGAUAAUGUACCAGAUUUUGUAGGCCAAAUAUUUAUUUACUAGAAAAGGCUGCAGUGGUGAGUAGUCCAGCUUGUUUAGUGCAGCUUUUGUUUUGCAAACCAGGUAUUGGAAGAAUUUAGGAAAAGUACCAUUUUCCACGGUGUCUUUUAUUUAUUUAUUUUCGCAGUACCAUGUUUUACCAGCUGAUCGCGCCAAAUGACCAUUUUACAACCAACCAAACGAAGUUACGUGAAGUAAAGACUGAAGUGAAGUAAAUUCUAUAAUUAUUGCUAAAUCAAUAUUUAUUUAUUUUUCAAAUGAAUCAAAACUUAAUUCAGCACAUAAUUUCUAUUACACAGACAUUUAAAUCAAACGGGUUUUUACGAGAAGAGUACCAGUUUGUUCAAAAGACACAUGCGCGUGAACAGCAGUUGAACGUGCGCGACCUGCCAACUGACUUCAAAAGAACCGCGUAAAACCGAACACAUCCCCCUCGAUAUAUUUACCUCACAAAUCUAGAUAUAUAUCAUAAAUAUAGUACAGUUUAUCAACUGGCGUCGUAAUGAGUGUGAUACUUGAGUCAUCAUUCAACAUUAAGGAUAUUAUAAAGACUCCAGAAAGCCCAGGCAGGCGGGCAGAACCGAAACCAGCGGACCUGUUAAUCAAACUCAGGAAGCUGCAACAAGCCAAGAAAAACCUUGAAGAUGAAGUGAAGGAAACUAUGCUCCUCAGAUGUGCUAGGAAGGAGGAGGAAGAUGCAUUAACUGCUGAAGCCCUACAGCUGGAGGGGACGCUGAAUGAAAAGGAAGAGUUAAACAGAUCUCUGCAGCUCAAAUGUGAGGACCUCCAGCUGGAGGCACAAAGGCAGCUUGAGCUGAACCAUCAGAAAGAGGAAGCAGUAAAGCAGUACUGCUUUCAGAUCCAGGAGACCAAACUAAAGCACAGAAAGAGUCGGAUGAAGUUUGAGAAUCAGCUUCAGCAAUUAAUGGAGCAGCAUAAAAACCUGUCCAAUGUCUUUACUCCACAAAGACUUCCAGCAGAAAUACAGUCUGCAGAGUAUACCACUGAGCAGCUGCUGAAGGCUGAACAACAGAAGCUGGAGCAGUUGACCAAGCUUCUGGGCGGGUUAAGCUGCACCCAGAAUGCAGAGAUGUGCAUGGACACUUGUGAAAAUGCACCAUGAAUAUCUCAAACAGAUUUUGCAAACUUGAGCUGAGUAUCUAAUUUCUUCCAACAAAUAUGACUAUUACAAAGAAGCAGCGUAUAUAUUCCUUUCCAUUCUGUUCCAUUGUUCUAAUUUAACUUGUUACCAACAAAUACUUGUGAACAAAUGCUGUUAAUCAAAUCAACUUGUACCUUGAAUAUAAAAGUUUUUAAACCGUUUAUUUAGAAUUUCUAAGUCACAAUAAAAAAAGUUUGUAAACAA